AUGCCGAGAUCCUGUCACGUAAGCACGCACACGACCUCCAACGCAAAGCGAAGCUCGGCAUUUCGCUCAUAUUCCCGAACUCGCCGGUUUCUGCUCGGCAACAACUUCCCUUUUACACAUUGUCUUGGCGAGAUCAAACCCGAUUCUAUCACAGAAGGCAUGUCUAUUGAUCGCGAGUCUGGAACAAUGACACCUCCUUCGGCUUUGGGGAAGCCGACAAAGGCUUGCACAACUUGCAACCACCGGAAGCUGAAAUGUGAUGCAGCCAUCGUUGGGCUGCCUUGCAGCCGAUGCAUUACCAAAGGAUAUCCACAGACAUGCGCCCUUGCUAACAGACGCCGUCGCAAACAUAGACCUGCAAGUUCAAGCACAAGCAUACGCCAUGUCUCAACUCGUUCGAACAUUCGUGCACAGCCUGUGCAACAAGACGAGGCGAAAUCCGUAGAUCAACUUCAGGAACCACACAAUCUCUCCGAUGAGCGCCCAGUACAGUUUCCGAAUUGGGAUCUCAUCGACGGCCGUGACGGAGUCCACUAUAUGAGCAUCCUUGGGCGGCUAGCCCACAAUGAACAGACAUGCGCACCCGUGAAUUCGGACCCAGAGAGUCUUGAAAACAGGCUUGGAAAGGAUAAUGAAGGCCAAACAAACAAUCCAGGCUCGCAGAUAAUGCGAUUUGCCGCCGCGGACAAAGAAUAUCUUGAACAAAGAGGGGCGUUUACUCUACCCCCAAAGUGUUGCUGUGAAGCAAUGUUGCGGCGACAUUUCACGACUGUUUAUCCGCACAUUCCGGUAUAUGAUUACAUAGAGUUCAUGGACUCAUACGUGUCGGGGUCUUUUUCAUGGUUUUUGAUGCAGGCAAUCUUGGCAAGCGCGGUGCCAUUUACGACCUUGGACAUGUUAGCUGAAUGCGGCUUUAAAGAUCGUUCUACGGCAUUGGAGUUCUUCUUUUCUAAUGCAGUCAAACUGUACGACUUUGGAUGCGAAGAAAGUCAGCUUAUCAAACUACAAGGAUCCCUCGUUAUGAGUACCGUCCUUGUAUCAUAUUCCAUGGACAAAGACUUCAGAUUCUGGCAUCACAACGCCGUGCGUCUUGCUAUCCGCCUUGGAUUACAUAAAGACACUAAUCGUUCCUAUCGCCAGUGUCGAGAACUUGUCUUUUCUAUCAUACAACUGGAGGCACCAAGACUUAUUCAGUAUGACAUGUGGCCAGCAUAUGAAACAGACUGGUGGAGCGAGCACAUCCCACCAAGGCAUGCGUCUAUCAUACCGCUGUGGACCGAGGGUCAAAAGUGCUACAGCAAUGAGCAUUUAAAACUUGCCAUUAUCGCCACCCGCUGGCAAGGCGUAUUGCGCACUCUGGAACUGGGGAAAAAGUCGACCCGACAGAAUAUCGAUGAACAGAUAUCUUCUUCCUUCAGACAGUGGAGAGACUCUCUGCCAAAAGUCGCACCGUCGAACCCUCGUGCUCUGCAGACCAGGCCGCAGGAGAUUUCUUUGGAAACUCUUGAAGCAAGUAGCUAUCGAUUUGAGUGCAUCUUUUACCGAUCGCUGCUCAGUCGCUCUGUUGCUUCUGGCGAGGCCAAUGACCAGAUAGACGCGUUCAAACGGCGGCUUCGCGCAGCAAUAUUUGAGCUGGACACAAUCGUCAGCCGCCUAUCUGCACUCAGUUUUCGUUGCAUUUCUGAUGAACAACGCGCAGGCUCGGCUACAUAUAUUCGGCGCAUCGAGCUGGUUCUCCAGAAGAUCUGCGAGGUCAUUCCAGCCAUGGAAUGCAAUCUUCGUCUUCUUCACCGGUACUUGGACCAGAAAAAAAUCGAUGCGACUAUUACUCUGGACAUGCCGCCGCCAAUGGUGGGUCAGGAGAAUGGGGGCAUACGGAUACAAGAAGCUCAAUUAUCAGGCCCGGAUGCAGAGAGUUCAGGGCAAAACAGCCUAGAUGACUCGAUACGCCGGACAGACCUGACUAACAGUGCAAUACAGAUACCAGAUGACGAUGCUCCCGAAGUGUUGGGUGACAUGAACGACUGGCUAGAUGGCCUAUUGUGGCUCGACUACCUGAAGGAUUCCAAUCUCAUACCCACUUAG